UCUUUGUCAACGACUAAACCCAGCUGGUCCUUUUUCGACUUUAUCGAUCCUAAUUGAGCCUCCUUUUUCGUCAAUUAUCUAAUUCAGUCCUACUACUACUGAGAAUUUCUCCUUUUUGUAUUAUUCACAAUUUUAAUGCUGGUGAAAGCAAUUAUAUAAAAGCUGAAACGAUUUGCACUGAUGUUCAAAAGCAACAAUGUUACCGCCAGGCUUUUUGAGCGCCAGAUUUGCACCCCUGCUCCUGGCACCAGCGUUGGAGGAUGGAGCUAUACUUGACGAGAGGGUUUUUCACAAUGAUUAUGUUAAUUUGGCACAUAGCAUUGGUGCUUUCUUGUAUGAUGAUUUGCUUGCUAUAGUGUCUCUUCGUUAUCAAAGAAUACACAUCCUUCAGAUCAGAGAUUCUGGAGAUCUUGUUGAUGUACGAGCAAUUGGGGAAUUCUGCCGUGAAGAUGAUGAACUUUUUCUCAAUUCCAAUUCCCAGGUGCUUGUAAAUCAUGUUGGAAAUGGUUUUCAUCAUAGUCUGCCUGAAUCGGAAACUUCUUUCCUGAGUGGUAUAAAGCAACGGCUUCUUUCAUUUAUAUUUCGAGGUAUAUGGAAUGAAGAAACUGACCAAACCAUGGUUAGUAAGAGAAUAUGAUUUCCUUAUGUGUUA